AUGCGUAUGUAUGGUUCGUUGGCAAGAAGUGGCAAAGUCAAGGCACAAACACCUCGAGUGCCUAAAACUUCUGAAGCCUCCACAAAGUAUAGUACAAACAAAUUCCGAUCAAAAGAAAGUGAUCGAGGUGUUUCGGUAACUUUCGAAAAGUACAACACAGCAAAAGGAUGGGAAAAGUUAGAGUUUAUUGAAGCAAAGAAACAGGAAUCUAUUAUAAGGCGAAGGACGAAUGAUCAAUGGUAUCAUCGAUCCACUGAUACCAAUCAUAAAAAGUGGCAUAGAAAUCAUCCAAAAGAUGGUUUUUAUCAAUCGAGACAAGUUGUAGAUAAUUUGUAA